GAUCCCAGGUCAACUGACUCUUGGUUUAUCACUUUCCUGUUGUCUGAUCUGCAAGUGUUUUUCCUGCUCGGAUCCUUAUCCAAAACUAGAAGUUGAAUCGCUUAUCGUCUUAUCGAACUAAUAUCAAAGGCAUGGAAGCAGCGACGGUAAUCUGGGAUGCAUCGAAGUGCUUAUGUGGCAGCACAGCCAAAUAUGCUGCUAUCAUUUGCCAUUUGGAGGACAACCUGGGAUCUUUGAGGGGUCAAUGGGCAGAGCUCCGAAGCCUCAGCCAAGACGUAAAUACAAGAAUCCAGCAAACUGAGAGUAUGGCUCAUAUGCGAAGGACCAGAGAAGUUGAUGGUUGAUUGCAAAGUGUAAACGCUAUAGAACAGGUAAUCCAAGAUAUCAUGCAGCAAGCUGCUAAUAUAAUCCAGGUCAAGUGUUUGGGCAGCCGAUGUCCAAAGAAUUAUUUCUCAAGCUACACCACGGGAAAAGAGAUUGCUAAAAUGAUGGAUCGUGUCAGAGAAUUGAUGGCUAGAGGACGAAAAUUUGAUAAUGAUGCUAAUAUUGCUUAUCAGCUGCCAUGGGAGCCUGUGAAUGAGAUGCCAGUUAGGAAGACUGUGGGUAUGGAUUUGAUGUUAAAGAAGGUAUGGGAUAGCAUUGAAGAUGAAAAUGUGGGUCUCAUUGGUCUAUAUGGGAUGGGUGGUUCGGGGAAAACAACACUAAUGAGGAAACUCAAUAAUGAGUUAGUAAAGAGAAGCCAUGAUUUUGUGUUAGUGAUAUGGGUGGUUGUUUCUAAGGACUAUAAUAUUGAUCAAAUUAUAGAAGAUAUCCGACAAAAAUGUGGGAUCGGUGACGUGAAAUAGAAGAACAAAAGUAAAGAUGAGAAAGCCAUAGAAAUCUAUAGGGUCAUGAAGCAGAAAAAGUUCAUUUUGCUGUUAGAUGAUCUAUGGGAGGAGCCAGACUUACAAGGUGUUGGAGUUCCACUACCAAAUGAGGUCAAUCGAUCAAAAAUUUUGUUCACAACACGUCUUGAAAAUGUAUGUGACCAAAUGCAAGCAAGAAAAUUCAAAGUGGAAUGUUUGACAGAGAAAGAAGCAUUGGAUUUGUUUUGCAUGAAAGUAGGUGCAGAAACUCUAAGUUCACACCCAAGUAUGGAAGGGCUAGCACAAGAGCUUGUGCAAGAAUGCAAAGGAUUACCGCUUGCAUUGAUAACAGUAGGACGAGCUAUGGCUGGCCGGAAAAAUCCACAGGCAUGGAAACAUGCUAUAAGGGAGCUACAAAGUUUCCCUUCAGGGGUUUCUGGUAUAGAGAAAGAAGUAUUCAACACUCUCAAGUUCAGCUAUGAUAGCCUUCCUACUGACAUAGACAAAAAGUGUUUCUUAUAUUGUGCAUUAUUCCCAGAGGAUCGAACAAUUUACGUCCCUUGUUUAAUUCGCUUUUGGAUUGGGGAGGGAUUUCUCAAGGAGCAUUAUAGCUUGUAUGAUGCCUAUAAUCAUGGGGAAGAUAUAGUUGAAAGAUUAAAGCUAGCAUGUUUAUUGGAAGGUGAGGAAUUUCUUUGGGUUAAGAUGCAUGAUGUGGUUCGAGACAUGGCACUAUGGUUAGCUCGUAAUCAAGAUCAAGAGAAAAACAAAGUUCUAGUGAAAGGUGAAGCACUAAGAUCAUCACAAAUUGAUAAUCUUGAAGGAUCGAUGAUGGUAGAAAGGAUUUCAAUAAUAUAUGCAAAAGGAGAUGACUGGCAAGUUCCAAUUUGUCCAAACCUUUUAACACUAAUUGUGUGGGGCAAUGACUGCAAAAUAGAUUUUGCAAAUGCCCAAUUCUUAAGCAAUUUGAAAGUUUUAAGUCUAAGGAUGGAGAGGAUUUCGGCAAUCCCAGCUGAAAUAGGUCAACUAAUUCACUUGGAAUAUCUUGAGCUAUCUGAAAUGCGCAUUAAAGAAAAAUUACCGCUUCAGAUGAAAAAUCUAAAGAACUUGAGGGUAUUCCUCCUAGAGUAUGUUCAUUUCAGUCUUGAAAUCAUUCCUUUGGAGGUAAUAUCAAAUCUUGAGGAAUUAAGAGUCUUCUCAUUUAUCGAAAGUAGAUUCAAAGAAUGGAAAUCAUCGUUACAAAAGAUAAAGUCCUCAUUCCUUGCUGCCAUUCACUUCACCCAUACUAUGGAGAAAUCAUUUUUGGAGCAGCUAGAGUUACUGCCAUUUCUGGAGGAUCUAAGCAUCACCCUGGAGACUGCCACAGGUAUCAAGAAAUUGCUUAGCUCAACUAAAUUAAAAGCUUGUGUGAGAUUAAUGGGACUUUAUCAAUACAAGAUGGCUGCAAGCACCACGACAUUGUUACCAUCUGUAACAAGUAUGCAACAUCUGGAGCGUAUAACUUUAGUUGGAUUACAAGACAACAUGUCAGGGUCCUCUGUCAAUCAGACAUACCCUUUUCGCAAGCUCCGAUGGGUCACAAUUUCGGGUUGUCAUAACACUACUCAUUUGACAUGGCUCAAGUAUGCUGUUGUCCUUGAUUAUCUUAUUGUAGAAUGCAAGAAAUAAAUUAAGGGAAUUUGGGGAGAAAAACUAUGGUGGGACAAUUUAGAGUGGGAUGACCAGACCAUCAAGGAACAGUUCCGUUCAAAAUUUGAAGACUAGCUGAUGAUAAAGAAUUCCUGGAUCUCUCCUUCCUCAGUCUUGAACAUAUGAAUGCAGCCAAGCAUCCGGAUGAAUAAAAGGUCUGGAAUAGCUUUCAGGGUUGCAAUUUGAUGGUGGUGUUGUCUAUCUGAUGGGCAUGAUUUGGAAGGUUGAUGAUCUAGGUUGAAGUGUAUGGGAAGCUGUCAACCUGAUACUAGGAGAUCAUGCGUGGUAAUUAGUUGCUUGGGAGAAACUGGGCUGCAACCAUCAAGCACUGGAUGGCCAGUUAUGCCCAUAAUGCAUGGAUGUACUUAGCUUGCCUAUCUCCAAACAUCAUGCAACUUGAAUUUUUUUUUAUAUUGAAUGUUAGUAAUAAAUUGUUUGUAUCUAAUGCGAUAACAUUCAUCCGUUAGUUUCCACUUGUACCAUUUAUAUUUUAUAACUAGAACAAAAUUUGUAGUCGAAGAUUGGCUGUGGUGGAGCCUUAUAAAGUGUGAACCAACCCCCA